AUUAAAAAUUAAUCUAGAAUUAUGGGGCCGUCACAAAUCCUAAAUCUUGGCUAUUUGGGUCUAAUAUUAAUUGGUUUCGUCGGUGUUUCGGUUCAUGCUGGCACUUCUACUGAAAAUGAGGACGAGUAUCUUAUCCAACGAGAGUAUAUUCUAGAGAAGUCCUACCAUGGAUUGAUUCGGGAAAAUGAGACUCUAGUGGAAAUAACGCCAUUAAUUAACGUCGAUGAAGAAAAAAUUUGCAACUUUCGCAUUGUAAAAAAGCCAUAUCAUGAAAUUCCAUUCCAGAUUGAGUUGGUUAACAAUCUUGGAAUACUGAAGGCACGCCACACACUCAAUUGUGAAAAGCGUAAAAGUUACCAUUUUGAGAUUGUUGCCAUAUACUGCGAUGGAACGCCAUCGAACUCGGCAAACGUCCAUAUCACAGUGAUCGACAUCAAUGAGUAUUCUCCGACCUUCUUAGAGCCAUCAUAUGUUACCGAAGUCGAUGAGGGUAAACUUUAUAAUGAAAUUAUUCGUGUCGAAGCAGUAGACAAAGAUUGCACUCCACUGUUUGGAGAUGUUUGCAAAUAUGAGAUACUAAAUAGUGAUGAACCAUUCACAAUCGACAACGAAGGCUCAAUCAAAAACAAAGAGCCUCUCUCUCAUAAGGUAUCCCACAAUCACAUUUUAUCUGUAGUGGCCUACGACUGCGCUAUGAAAGAAUCUGUUCCCAUUAUGGUGAGCAUCAAGGUACGCCGAGUGUGCGACGCCAAGUUCUUAGGCAUACCAGAACGCAUCGAUUACAUUUCCGGUAGCACGGAAAGCUUACAACUGUUUCCAAAUGCGCGACUUGAUUUGUGCAAUAUAUUAUGCACAGCUGAUGAUCUAAACGUUCACGCAGCGGUUGCUCUUAAGACUAAGCACAUAUCAUUUGGCUGUGAUCGUGAUAUAUCGAACUGUUCAGCGAAUAAAAACUUAAAGGACAUUUUGCCCCGUGACACCGACUGGACGAAGGAGUUGAGCUAUGACGAGGGGCCUGAGCCGGUCUUCCAUUUCGAUGGGUCAGCUGGUGUAGUUGUACCCGAUGGGUUUAUUGACCAUCACGAUUUCUCGCUGAAGCCUUUUAGCAUUGUGACGAUCUUUCGCCAUGGUAAUCAAAGCCCAAUGAACAAACAUGUAAAAGAGCAUAUAGUUUGCAACGCGGAUGAUCACAAAAUGAAUCGUCACCAUAUGGCACUGUUCGUACGAAACUGCCGACUUAUUCUACUGUUGCGAAAGAAUUUCAAUGACGGUGAUCUAAACAUAUUUAGUCCAGCGGAGUGGAGAUGGAAAAUAGCGCAGGUCUGCGACAAUGAAUGGCACCACUAUGUAAUCAACGUAUACCAGUCAUCCAAGGUAGAGCUGUUCAUAGAUGGUGUACAAUUUGUGAGCUCCGUUGAGGACCAUCACGCCAAUCCGGAGGUCAUCGAUGAUUGGCCCUUGCAUGCUGCACAUGGAGUUAAUACUACACUGGCGGUCGGAGCAUGUUACCAGAGUUCAGAGAACCGACUAAAGCACGGAUUCAAUGGUGACAUAUCAGAAGUGAAGCUAUCUCUCAACCGUGUGCUCUCUGUCGACGACAUUAAGUGUGGAACGAGCUGUGCCGAACAUCUGCUACCAUCGACGGCAUUGCAACUUGAACAGCAGUCAGAGGAGGAGCCGACAGACUUUCAAGUACAGGUCAAUGCAAAAAUGAAUGAAAUAUAUAUAGAGGCACAAAGCAAGCAUAAUAUUGAGCAAUUAAUGCGUAGAAUACAAUACAUCAAUAUUAAAAAAAAUCCCACUAUAGGACGCAGAAACAUUGAGGUUCGUACAACAAUAAUGUGUACAAAUCAGAGUGCCAUACGUCUGCCCACAAUCGAGACAUAUAUCAUGGUAAAUGACCCCGUUCAGCCAGCAACAAUUCCUAGCGAAAAACUUGCAGAAGAUACUGCUACUUUCUAUACAGUUGAAAAUCUCAGACCUCAAUUUGAAGGCGAUCAGCUUACAUCGAAGUCUUCACAUUUGGCAACAAAGAUUGCAAUUUCCGGAACCCAAAAUAAACUCGUUUCUUAUCAAGAAAUUAAAUUUGGUGUACAUAUCUUGGAUAAAGUUCGCAUUGGUCUCGCCACCGACAGUGAUAGUGAAAAUGGGAUCCCCAAAGAGAACCUCGAUUCGUGCAGUGUAAUUGUAUUUCCAUCUUUAAAUCCGGACCAUGAGGAAAUUCAAAUAGACGGGGAUGAAUCAUUGUCAUCUACAAUGGACAUCAGAACAAAUAUUAACAAGGAUGGGGUUGAAAUGAUCGGAACCGAUUCAAUUCGCAGUUAUCUCAGCGUAUUGCGUGCUUUAGUCUAUAGCAACAAGAAACCGGCAUAUUAUCUUAAUCGUGUGUUUAAGCUGUCCUGUUCGCAGCUAUCCGCACAAUAUAAAAGUGUUGAAUAUACACUCACAUUGACUGUUUUGCAUCCGAAGCAAUUUUUUAAAACAACAAAUGCACCAUCAUCAGCCGUUACAAGCGCUGAAGGAAAGGAAAAUUUUCCAUCCAAUUAUCACAAUGGGCGAAUUGUAAGCGAGAGUGUGGUUCAAGGAUCAUCAGAUACGAAGUUUUUUUCGAACUCCUUGCUUCAUAUCAAUGAUGUACAGGAGCCUAAGUCUCAUUUACACUCCUUCGCGCACAAAGCUGAGGCGUCGCAUCCAACAAUGCUGAUAAUUUUAAUAUGCGUUUUUCUCGUCAUCUUACUCUGUGGCAUUUCUGUGGCAAGGCUAAAAAGUAACCAAAAAUACACCGACCGACAUCAGCCUUGUCCCAAGGUAGCUGAUGAAGGUUUGAUUUGGGACGAUUCUGCAUUGACCAUUACCAUUAAUCCAAUGCAAACUGAUGGCGCAUCUGAGGAAAGUUCUGAUUCGGAUAAUACUGAUUCGGAAGACGAAGACGUGAUCAAAGAUGGAUUUACCCACAUCAAUCAGCUUGAGUGGGACCACACCAAUAUGUUUUCAUCGGGGAACUAAUAUGGAUAUAUGUGUCGUUUAUCAAUAAAAAUUUAAAUUAAUUAUA